GCGGAGGGAGGCGGGGCUUGCUGGCUCUGCGCUCUGCGAGUCCUCCUUUUUGCACACACACGAAUACAAAGAGCCAUACGACCUUCGGAUGAUGGUGGAUCCUCUUUUCUAUUCUGUAGUCAGGUUUUUUGGCAGGCUUCCAUGCUGGGUCCAGGAAGAAUCCCUCUCAUCCUCUGAAAAGUGAAUUCAUCAGAAAAGUUCCUGCAAGCCUUAUCCUCAUAGUAAUCCGCGUCUGUGAUGCACCGUAGUGGGCUCUGAAGUCGGAGAGUGGCCCAAGUGUAGGCCGCCGGGGCUCAGGGAGAAGGCCACGGACAGCCAGCAGAGGGCUGGGGGAGUGCUCUCCCGCCAUGGGCCUCCUUACCAGCUUUCUUCACAGCUCUCCUGCUGGCUGCCCCUGAGGGAGAAGAGGGAGUCUCUCCAGAGCCCAAUGCUUGUUCUCAGCCCUGGGAAGCUAGCUCUGGCCCUGCCCGCACUCUGUAAAGCCCCGCUGGUGUGAACCCAAAGAAGCAUCGCUGACCCGGGCAGACAUGUCCUUCAGUGCCACCAUCUUGUUUUCCCCACCCAAUGGCAACGAAGCCAAGUGCUGCUGUUGUGCCUGUAAGAGUGAACCAAACGGUGGCCACACGGGGCCUUCGGGAGCUGACCCCCAGCCCUGCACCCCGAUCACCGUGACCGGGCACGGCCUCGCCGUGCAGAACUCGGAGCAGCUCCUGCACAUCAUCUAUCAGCGGGUAGACAAGGCCGUGGGACUGGCGGAAGCUGCCCUGAGCCUGGCAAAAGCCAACAAUGAGCUGCUGAAGCGGCUCCAGGAGGAGGUGGGCGAGCUGAGGCAGGAGAAAGGCCCUUCCACUGACGAGGGCGGGGAAGACGGGGCCCAUGGUACCCCACCUGAGGAACCAGGGUCUCUCAAGGGGAGUCCUGGGGAAGCCUGCAAGUCACUCUCUGCAGUAGAAGAGGAGUGUGACAGUGUGGGCAGUGGCGUGCAGGUGGUGAUUGAGGAGCUGAGGCAACUGGGAGCAGCCUCUGCUAUUGGGACUGGACACCUGGGCUUCCCGUCCACCCAGAGGGACAUCCGGCUUCCUGGCUGUGCCCUGACCUCCAGUGAGGUUGCCCCACUGCUCAAUCCUCUGGACGACUACGUGGCCUCUGAGGGGGCGGUGCAGCGGGUGCUAGUCCCUGCUUAUGCCAAGCAGCUCUCUCCAGCCACACAACUGGCCAUCCAGCGGGCAUCCUCGGAGACAAGCCUGGAGAAUGGGGCCAAGCUGCCCCCGCCCCGCCCAGAGGAUGUGCUCAGUGCUGCUGCCGCCUUGGACAGCACCUUGGAGGAGUCGGUCCCCGCUGGCACUGGGGAGCUGAGAUUAUCCUUGGGGUUCGCAGCUUCUCCUGGCAGGGCCAGGGGCGGGGGGCAGAAGAAUUCUAGGCGCAAGCGGGAUCUGGUGCUCUCUAAAUUGGUCCACAAUGUACAUAAUCAUAUCACAAAUGACAAGAGGUUCAAUGGAUCAGAAAGUAUCAAGUCCUCUUGGAACAUUUCAGUGGUGAAAUUCCUCCUGGAGAAACUCAAGCAGGAACUGGUGACCAGUCCCCACAAUUACACUGAUAAGGAAUUGAAAGGGGCUUGUGUAGCCUACUUCCUCACCAAAAGACGUGAGUACCGAAACUCCCUGAACCCCUUUAAGGGCCUGAAAGAGAAAGAGGAGAAGAAAUUAAGAAGUCGCCGAUACCGGCUUUUUGCUAACCGAUCCAGUAUCAUGAGGCACUUUGGAGCAGAAGAACAGCGCCUGUGGAAAGAUGUGACAGAGGAAUUAAUGUCGGAUGAGGAGGACAGCCUUAAUGAGCCAGGGGUUUGGGUGGCCCGCCCCCCUCGAUUCAGGGCUCAGCGCCUCACUCAACUUUGUUACCACCUGGACGCCAAUUCUAAGCAUGGCACCAAAGCCAACCGAAUAUAUGGGCCUCCUUCAGAACGACUGCCCUCUGCUGAGGCUCAGCUUCUUCCCCCAGAGCUCUAUAAUCCCAACUUUCAGGAAGAAGAAGAAGAAGAAGGUGGGGAUGAAGAUGCACCUGUUUCUUCACCUUUUGACCAAUCCCACAAAACCUUUUGCCCUGACUUGAACUCAUUCAUUGAAAUCAAAGUAGAAAAGGAUGAGUGAACACUAUGACCAAAAGAAAAAACUCUGGCUCCUACCAAUCCUUAUUCCCUGGAUUUGGGGUAAUUGGGAUUCCUAGGGUAACUGGAUAUUCCUUCCUUGUUGAGAAAGAGAUUUUGCAUCUUCAUCCUUCAUCUCUAAUGAAAGUGGGAACUGCUCAUUGGAUAAAGUGGAACAGCAGAUGGGAAUGGGGGUGAGGGUGGUAUAUGGGAUAAGAUGAUGAGAAAAAAUUUAUAUUGAAUGAAAAAAGUAAUACUUGGACAGGGCAAGCAAGAAAA